CAGAGCAGGGAUUUGCAACUCCUACAAGGCAACAUUAGGCUUAGUAGAUCAAAUAUGUGAAAACUUUGAUAUGCCUGUCAAGAAGUGGUCAAAAGAGAUGUCUAACCAAUAUCAGCUUAACACAGUCACAGAAGAUAGUAGUUUAGGAGACCAUUGCUAUUCUACUAUAGACAACACUAGUACUGUGACCUCUGGUGACCAUUGCUACUCAGUUGCACUUCUUGUCACAGAUACCCCUCUCAAAGGCAAAGAGUCAAAUGGUGAUUUACCCUCCAUUGAUGCUAACGAAGUGACAAUCCCAACUAUAGAAUGCUUUGAUGAUUAUUAUUACGCUACUCCAAUUACCAAGGUCUCUGAUGGGGAAUUAAGUUCUGUGCAUCCUGUUAAUAGCCCACUUUUUGUUGGUGAGAUCGAACUCUCAGAUACUCCACUAAAAGACAACAGAUAUUUGAAUGUCCAUUGUGAUGUGUCAGUUUCUACUACAGAACCCUUUGAUGAUACCUUUGAUGUUUGGGUACCAAAUGUUACAGAAGAACAAACAACUUCUCCAGAUCUUUCACCAAGAACUCCUGUUGUAAAAUGCGUGACUGAUGCAGCUAUAGUCAUGAGCCAAGAUGAAUCACCAUUUACUACAACUCUUAAGGAAGCUAACAGAGAUGGUGGAUCCUUUCAAGUUGUGAUGGACAAUUUAAAUUUACAUCAAAAGACCAGACAUAAAACACUUGAUAACAAGAACAAAAUACACAACUUAGUUCAUUCUAUUGCUGUCCAUUCUCGUGUGUCAGGAUUGGAUUUGGAUUCAACCCAUCCACAGGCUGAUAUAUUAUCCAUCCCAAAUGAUGCAUUCAUCCCUGGAGACCAAGAGUACUUUGACCUGCAUCAGGACUUCAAGACAUUGAUGAAGAGAACGCUUAUUGAAAAUGUACCAUGCUUGGAAAACUUAAAGUAUUUAGUGGAAUACCAUAUCCAGCAUCAAUAUUCAAAGCAGUCAGAAAAAAAGAGCAAUGUUAUUCCUUUAGGCAUUUUAGAGAAAGACGAGAACAUCAUGGAACAGAUGAUUGAGAUAAUGGAACACCUGCAACAGUAUGUGCCAACAACAGAGAACGGUAAAAUGAUACCAUUACUUCUUGGAGGAGAUGCAUUGAGUGUAGAAAGGGGUGAUGGAGCACAGAGAGCCAGACAAGAUGCAACGACACCAGAGCAGAGGCUAGAUGGAUACGUUUGGAAAAGUGAGGACUGGCAUGGCCACAUAAUAUCAUUACAGUUACAGGAAUCAUUUAAUAUGCUGUUCAAAGGCUCAUCAUCUGGUGAAAGAGGAACACUGUUCCAGUUAAGGAAUAUGCUUGAUAGACGUGGAGUAAAAUCAGAGGUGACAAAAGCAGUGAAUGAUUGCAGAGAGUUUAUGAGAUUGACCACUCAAGGUUUUAUACUCCUAGCUGCAUUACAAGUCCUUGGAGUAAACAACUUGAAUGAAUUCGAUAACCAUGUAAAUAAUCUUGCAACAGAUGAACAAAAAGCAGAAUUAAUGGAACAUAUUGUUCAGACUAUUGUUGAUCGUUUCAUUAAGAAAGAACGGUUUACUCUAGAUUGUGAUGACAUAACAGAAGACAACAAUGAAACCAAUAGAGUGCCAUGCGGUUAUCCUGGUUGUCCAAAAUCUUACCUGUUGGAUGGACUGUGUCGGCGCAACCAUCGACAAACUUGUCAAUAUAAAGAUUUAAAUAUAUUACAGCCACAUGAACCAGUCGCAAAUGAACCAAAGAAGAAGACAAAGGAAAAAUCUGCAGAUUCCAAAACUGACUUUAAGUUUAAUUACACAUGUUGUGUGCUUCGGGAUGGUUUGAUGGACUGGUGUAGGGAAGACUCAGCCAAAGAGAAUGAUGGAUUGAUAUCAAGGACAUGA